AUGGUACUUCAACUGCACGUGUGGGGUCCAGCCUUUUCCCUGCCUUCAAUUGACGCGCAAUGUCUUGCUAUCAUUGCAUACUGUUCCGAGGUCCUUCCUAAGGGCUCUUGGGAGCUGGUCGCGACCAGCGAUCCCUCCGUCUCCCCUGCCGGUGAACUCCCUGCGCUUCAGAACGGAGAAGUCUGGGUGAGUCGAUUCCGUAACAUCGUCGACUACCUCCGCCAAUACUCCGAGGGAGCAUGGUACUUGGAUCAAAACUUGGAUGAGGCCCAACAGGCCGACAGCGUGGCAUUCUCUUCCUUUGUCGAAUCCCGUGGCCAGUCCCUCCUCGACCUCUACCUAUACGUAACGAGCCAAAACUACUACACAAACACAUCUCCAGCAUAUGGCACCCUCCUCCAAUGGCCAAACCAAUGGAUCCUCCCUCCGAAGCUUCACACGGCCGCAAAGUCACGAACAGAGCACAUGGGGCUUUCUUCUCUAGACCUUCAAGCAAUGGAGGACCAACGCCAGCGCGACCACUCCGCCGCAGUGGCCGCUGGCCAAAUCCCCCAGAAUCUAAUCCAAAAGCCCAAAGAAACAGUCUCUAAAAUGCUCGGUCGAACAUCCCAAUCAAAUCAUUUCCGUCUUGAAGCUCUAACAGCCGACUUCUUCGACCCCCUCGAGGCAAUGCUAUCCACCAAGUCCUGCCUCCUCCCCGCCGACCAAAACAACUCUCCUUCCUCGCUCGACUGCAUCGCAUCCGCAUACCUGUCCCUGGCCCUCAUUCCAGAGCUGGCUUUCCCGUGGUUGCGUGAUGCAAUGCGCACAAAGGCCCCGCUGUUGACCGCGUAUACGGAGCGCAUGCGCUCUCGCACCUUCGGCGUCGUAGAUGUCAGUCAUGCCUUUGUGCCAGUGACGGAGUCGCUGCCAUGGCGCGCGCCAGAUCGCCUUUCAGUUGCGACAGUUGGCAAUACACUUCUCAAUACACUGGCAGAUAAUACGCCGAUCCUGAAGGAGGUCAGAGCCAACAGGCGUUUGAAACAGGCUAUCCAGUCAGAUGAAAAUUUUAGCCCGGUCCAGAAACAGGGCCUGUCUCUUUAUGCUGAUUCUAAGAGCAAGGACAUGCUGGUCUCGAUUGCUGCGGUUGUGGCGGGCAGCGCUGCUUUAGUCGGAUACAUGGUGCACGUCGGGUUGAUUUCCUUCUCCCGGGAGGUUGAAGAGGAAGAGGAGGAGGUGUAUGAGCCUGAACAGGUUCUUCAUAUGCCUGCGUCUGAGAUCCUAGGGUUGAACCUUGGCUAA